GGGAAGCCUUUAUGAUUUCCUUCAUCUGAGCGAAAAGCGCUGACCAGAUUGUAAAGAUCUGAAUAUUAGAUAGAGCAGAAGUAGCAAAUAUCUGCAACCGGCUUUGAGAAAGGCAAAACCCAAGCCAAAGCAUGCCUCGCCAAAUUAAUAAACUCCCUGAAGUAACGGAGAUUGGUCAGGUGGACCUCAAUGAAUGGUACCCUAUUUAUAUUGCUUGCAUGCGGUACUCCCUUGAUGAAGGGAAGCACUCAUCUUUUAUUCAGUCACUGACCGCUCGUAUCAAUAUUCGGCUUCCAUAUCAGCAAUUGUCCGGCCCGCUCUUUCGUUUCCCUUUGCCCGAGUCAACGAAUCUUGCGAGUGUGGGCCCAGUUACAGCUUCCCCUCAUGUGUCACUGCGAAUGUAUGUCCGACAUCUUGUUGCGACUGGCUAUGACACGCCACGUAUCCUAACGGCCUUUUUUGGUGAUCAUUGGAAGGUCGGCAUUGGAUGAGUGUGGGAGCAACAACGCUGCAAUAUCUGGCUUGCUGCGAAGAGUGGCCAACUGUCAUCCAUAAGAACGCCCUAUAACACUCGUCUGAAUGAAUAGGAGCCAUUUUACGGUCUCCCCAUAACUCAGUACAGGAGAAGGACACACCGAAUGGGGGAUUGAGUGGAUAAUAUUUCGGACAUAAAAACUUAUGUACAAUCAUGAAAUAAAGACAAGGAAGAGUGUUUUAUUCAUAAGGGGUAUGGGGAGGCUCAAACCUAACUACCCACGGGCAAUACCGAAAUAAAAGCAAAGCCCCUCCAGCUUGGUUAAAAUAAAGUAGAAAACAAGCUGGUUAUGAGAUUAUCCUCAGCAAAGGAGUGGCAGUGUGGACGAGCAGACUGAAAGGAUUCCUGGUGCUCGGACUCAAGGUUGUUUUUGUGGAUAUAUGACGAGGCAUGCACCAGAUCUUCCGGGAAGGAGCGCAAGAAGAGGAAAAGUCUAAUUCUAUCUUUCUGCUCAAUAGAAUUAUCCAGCUCUCUCCCUGCUUCUGGCGGCAUGAUUGGUUGAUUGGUGGUUGAAAGAGAUAUAUCUUUAGCGCGUGGUUGAAAACGCGUUAGUUAGGUAGCGAGACCGCACACCAUUUGUGGCUGCGAUUACCUAACGCCCUACACACCGGG